CCCCUCUUCCCGCCCCGCUUUCCCUUCCCUCCCCUCCCCGCCCCGCGUCGCGCGCUUGCUCGGGGCGGCUCCGGAGCCCGCUGGGAGCUCGGCCGGAGGCUCCUCGCUGGGGCGGGGACCUUUCCUCGCCUAGGGCCGUAUCAUAAUUCUGAAUCAUGUCUGAUAACGGAGAACUGGAAGACAAGCCUCCGGCGCCCCCGGUGCGAAUGAGCAGUACUAUUUUUAGCACUGGAGGCAAAGACCCUUUAUCAGCCAAUCACAGUUUGAAACCUUUGCCUUCCGUUCCAGAGGAAAAAAAGCCCAGGAAUAAAAUCAUCUCUAUAUUUUCAAGCACAGAGAAAGGAAGUAAGAAGAAAGAGAAGGAAAGGCCAGAAAUUUCUCCUCCGUCUGAUUUUGAGCAUACCAUCCAUGUUGGCUUUGAUGCUGUUACUGGAGAAUUCACUGGCAUGCCAGAACAGUGGGCUCGAUUACUACAGACCUCCAAUAUCACCAAACUAGAGCAAAAGAAGAAUCCUCAGGCAGUGCUGGAUGUCUUGAAGUUCUAUGACUCUAAUACAGUGAAGCAGAAAUAUCUGAGCUUUACUCCUCCUGAGAAAGAUGGCUUCCCUUCUGGAACACCAGCACUGAACACCAAGGGAUCAGAAACAUCAGCAGUAGUAACAGAGGAAGAUGAUGAUGAUGAAGAGACUCCUCCUCCUGUUAUUGCCCCACGACCAGAUCAUACAAAAUCAAUUUAUACACGAUCUGUAAUUGAUCCUAUUCCUGCACCAGUUGGUGAGUCUAAUGUUGAUGGUGGUGCCAAGACUUCAGACAAACAGAAAAAGAAGGCCAAAAUGACAGAUGAAGAGAUUAUGGAGAAAUUAAGAACUAUCGUAAGCAUAGGUGACCCUAAGAAAAAAUACACAAGAUAUGAAAAAAUUGGGCAAGGGGCUUCUGGCACAGUUUUCACUGCUACUGAUGUGGCAUUGGGACAAGAGGUUGCUAUUAAGCAGAUUAAUUUACAGAAACAGCCAAAGAAGGAAUUGAUCAUUAAUGAGAUUCUGGUGAUGAAAGAAUUGAAGAAUCCCAACAUAGUUAAUUUCUUGGACAGCUACCUGGUGGGAGAUGAGUUGUUUGUGGUCAUGGAGUACCUGGCCGGGGGAUCUCUCACUGAUGUUGUCACAGAGACAUGCAUGGAUGAAGCACAGAUAGCUGCUGUGUGCAGAGAGUGUUUACAGGCAUUGGAGUUUUUACAUGCUAAUCAAGUGAUCCACAGAGACAUCAAAAGUGACAAUGUGCUUUUGGGCAUGGAAGGAUCUGUUAAACUUACUGACUUUGGUUUCUGUGCCCAGAUCACCCCUGAGCAGAGUAAGCGGAGUACCAUGGUUGGAACGCCAUACUGGAUGGCACCAGAGGUGGUUACACGGAAAGCUUAUGGCCCCAAAGUAGACAUCUGGUCUCUGGGUAUCAUGGCUAUUGAGAUGGUAGAAGGAGAGCCUCCAUACCUCAAUGAAAAUCCUUUGAGGGCCUUGUACCUGAUAGCAACUAAUGGAACCCCAGAACUUCAGAAUCCAGAGAAGCUUUCCCCAAUAUUUCGGGAUUUCUUAAAUCGAUGUUUGGAGAUGGAUGUGGAGAAAAGGGGUUCAGCCAGAGAAUUGUUACAGCAUCCCUUCCUGAAACUGGCCAAGCCAUUAUCCAGCUUGACACCACUGAUUAUGGCAGCUAAAGAAGCAAUGAAGAGUAACCGUUAACAUCAUUGCCGUGGCCUCAUAUUCUUUUUUCCAUUUUCUAAAAGAAGUCUUUUAAUAUAUGAAAAGUAUUAUUCUUUGGGGGUUUAAAGAAAUGGUCUGCAUAACCUGGAGAAAAAAAAAUAAACUACUACUUCCUGAAGACAACCAAGAAAAAAUUGCAAAACAGAAUGACAACUUUAGGGUCCAAAAGGAAUUGUGGACUGAAUCACUAGCCUUACGUCUUUGUGCAGAAAGCCCGUCAGGGCCAUUUAUCAUGCUUGAGAUUUGCAUUUUAUUUUUCUGAUAUCAUUAUAAUAGAUCCCAUUCAUUGUCCCUUUUGGGGUGUUUUCAAUACUUGAAUGGCAGAUUUGAGUUUUUCAGAGUAUUUGUUUUAUCUCCUAGUCUUCUUUUCUCUCUUCUUCAUAGCUUUCUUUUUCCUUGACUUUCUCCUUUUGAAUUGCUUUGAGAAGUGUUUCUUAUGCCUAAAUUGGAGGCAAGUGUGAUGGAAAUUAUGUAGUUCCUUAUAUUGGCAAAGGAACUCAGUAUGGUUUAGCUUUGUAUAGAAGUUAGAACCAGCUAUUGUUACAUGUAAUAUUUCAGUUUAGAAUUUGAGCUGAAGGGAAGAAAAGUAUGUGAUUUUUACCUGUUUUUAGCAAAUGUGAAAGAGUCAGUUUUAGAAAUUUCAUGGUAGUGAGUUGUUUGGCAUUUGUUACAUGUAUAGAGAGAAGACUAAUAAUCUAUAUUUAUAACUAAAUCAUUGAAACAAAAAAAAGAAUCCCAUUCACUAUACAUUCUUAGAGGGUUUUUUUUUUUUUUCCCCCCUUCCUGUGUUCUCAGACUUUGCUUUAGGACUUUGAGCCACUACUUUCCUCUUCCCUCUUUUUUCCCCCUUCAUUUUGGAAAUAAGUUUCUGUAUAUGUUGUAAGUUUAGCUAGUUUGUUUGUUUUUUUAAUUAACCCUCUCUCACCCUCCUCCUCCCUCUCCCUUCCCUAGGCAAAUAAUAUAAUAACCAUUGAAUUUUAAAUUUUAAAACUUCACUAUUUUUUUCCAUUUAAAGGUGAAAAAUAUUUGGAGUUAACAGAGACAAAGUGAGAGACUUGAACCUUGGUGAGCUCUAAAAUAGUUAGAUAAGAUUAUAUUCAUGGAAGAGAAAUGUUAGUUACUUAGAGAUGCAGCUUCUGACCAGUAAACUGUAGAGAUUUGUGAUAAACAUUGUUCCCAACCCAUUAUCAGCAUUCUACUGUCUGGGAGAACUUAAGUGACAAAGUACUUCUUGGUAAAUUCAUGGGUCAUUUGAGAUGUUGAGUUACUUUUGAUUUUUUUCAAAUAAGUAAAUAAUAUUCAUGUAAAGAACUAGAGAAAGAAGGGAUAGUGACAUGUGCUUGUUAAUAGCAACGCUGUUUUUAUUUUAAAGAUUAGAAAGGUCUGUGGCCUGCAGCACUAAUUGUUAGAGCGCCCAUCACCUCCCUCCCUCUCCUGUCCUCGCCCUCGCUGGCCAUUUCAGUUGUGUGGCUUUUGAAGGCAGCAUUUCCCUUCUGACAUGGCGAGAGCCACGUGAAAGAAAAAUCUGUGGUUUGUUUCUGGCUCUUUAUUCCCACCAUUCACUCAUAAUUGACUUCACACCUACUUGCCAUCCUGCAAUAGUACGAAUUGUGAAUAAAAAUAAUUUUGAUGUUUUGAAGUGCAUUAGGAGAACUGAUAGAGUUUUAUUUCCUGUCAUUCCCACCGUAGUUCUGUUAAGAUAUAGGUAGGUAUAAGGAUAGAAAUGGCUGGUGGUGGUUGUUUUUUUUCUUUCUUUAAUUGGUAAUGUAAUGUUGGAAGGUUACACAAAAACAAGUAAAAUAAUUCAUGGAAUUUGUAUCUAAAGCACUUAAUGGUCUCUGUUGUCAGUUUGAUUGUUGAUUUUAUUUUUCUCUGGAUUAUAUUGGCCUUCUAUAGCUAUUACUAAAUUACAGAAAGAGCUGGUUUAUCUGGUGGAAAGCUACAGUGUCUCUUGAGUUCCAGAUUUGGACAUUCUUUGUAAAUAGUUGUCUGGAUGGAUUAUAAUAAAGAAGAUGCUACCAGUGAAAUAGAAAAGCAACUAAAUGACACAAACUGUGAUCCUCGUGACCCCUCUGGAAGGCACUUCUAUACAUCAGUCAUAAAGACCAUGUUAAUUGGAUGCAGUGACAGUGCCCCGUUUUUUUGCCUGUGACUCAACAAAGAUCUCUUCAGUUUAUAAAAGCAGUUUGGGUUUGUAUUUACAACUUCUCUAAUGGUUACCUGCAUGUCCAUUGCUGGCAACGGACUUUGUCAUUAAAACCUGAUUCCUAGGUUAAGGGAGCUACACUGUGGUUUAUUCUUUACUUACUCGGAUAAACUAACUUGUAAUAGAAAUAUACUUUGGUUAAUU